UGACGAGCUCCAGCAGCAACUACCCACAUCAAUCUCUUCACGUUCUCUCCCUCUCCCUCUCUCCACACACUCGUGAAAAUCUAAAUCGGUGCAAGAUUUGAUUGGAGGACCGCUUCUCGUCGAUCAUUUCGACCUUGAUUCAAUCAGAAAACAUGCCGUCCGUCUACGGAGGUCCGCUGACAACGUUCGAGGAUGCUGAGAAGGAGAGCGAGUACGGAUACGUUCGCAAGGUAUCCGGACCAGUUGUUGUUGCUGAUGGAAUGGCCGGAGCUGCUAUGUAUGAGCUAGUUCGUGUUGGACACGACAAUCUUAUUGGGGAAAUUAUUCGGUUGGAAGGAGAUUCCGCCACGAUACAGGUUUAUGAGGAAACGGCUGGACUGAUGGUGAAUGACCCCGUUCUUCGGACGCACAAGCCUCUGUCAGUUGAACUGGGUCCUGGAAUUUUGGGAAAUAUAUUUGAUGGUAUUCAGAGGCCUCUCAGAACCAUCGCAAUAAAGUCUGGUGAUGUGUACAUUCCCCGUGGUGUAUCUGUCCCAGCACUCGACAAAGAUACACUUUGGGAAUUUCAACCAAAGAAAAUAGGAGAGGGAGAUCUUUUGACAGGAGGUGACUUAUAUGCGACUGUACACGAGAACAGUUUAAUGCAACAUCAUGUUGCUCUUCCUCCUGAUGCUAUGGGGAAGAUAACCUAUGUAGCCCCUGCUGGUCAAUACUCGUUGAAGGACACUGUCCUUGAGCUUGAGUUCCAAGGAGUGAAAAAACAGUUUACCAUGCUUCAGACCUGGCCUGUGCGUACACCUAGGCCUGUAGCUUCAAAGCUUGCUGCGGAUACUCCUCUCUUGACCGGACAGCGCGUUCUUGAUGCUCUAUUCCCCUCCGUGCUUGGUGGUACUUGUGCCAUUCCUGGUGCAUUUGGUUGUGGAAAAACUGUCAUUAGUCAGGCGCUCUCCAAGUACUCUAAUUCUGAUACUGUUGUUUAUGUUGGAUGUGGAGAAAGAGGAAACGAAAUGGCUGAGGUGCUUAUGGAUUUCCCUCAAUUGACAAUGACGCUGCCUGAUGGCAGGGAGGAAUCUGUCAUGAAACGUACCACACUUGUGGCUAACACCUCAAACAUGCCUGUGGCUGCUCGUGAGGCUUCAAUUUACACAGGAAUUACCAUUGCUGAAUAUUUUAGAGAUAUGGGCUACAAUGUCAGUAUGAUGGCAGAUUCGACAUCUCGUUGGGCAGAGGCGUUGCGUGAAAUUUCUGGUCGAUUGGCUGAAAUGCCUGCUGACAGUGGAUAUCCUGCUUAUUUGGCGGCACGUUUGGCAUCCUUCUAUGAGCGUGCUGGAAAAGUUAAAUGUCUCGGUGGACCUGAAAGGACUGGAAGUGUUACUAUUGUGGGUGCCGUUUCUCCCCCUGGAGGAGAUUUCUCUGACCCUGUUACAUCUGCAACUCUUAGUAUUGUUCAGGUUUUCUGGGGUCUAGACAAAAAACUUGCCCAGAGAAAACAUUUCCCUUCUGUGAACUGGCUCAUUUCUUACUCAAAGUAUUCAGGGGCACUGGAAUCCUUCUAUGAGAAGUUUGAUUCAGAUUUUAUUGACAUUAGGACAAAAGCUCGUGAAGUGCUUCAGAGAGAGGAUGAUUUGAAUGAAAUUGUGCAGCUUGUCGGAAAAGAUGCUCUUGCUGAAACAGAUAAAAUUAUUCUGGAAACGGCAAAACUCUUGAGGGAGGACUAUCUUGCCCAGAAUGCAUUUACACCCUAUGACAAGUUCUGUCCAUUCUACAAGUCUGUUUGGAUGAUGCGCAACAUUAUUCAUUUCUAUAAUUUGGCUAAUCAGGCAGUGGAGCGAGGAGCUGGUAUGGACGGACAGAAGAUAUCCUACACCCUUAUCAAGCACCGUCUAGGAGAUUUGUUCUACCGCUUGGUUUCCCAGAAGUUUGAGGAUCCGGCAGAAGGAGAGGAAGCCCUGAUCGCGAAAUUCCAGAAACUCCACGAUGAUUUGACUGCUGGUUUCCGCAAUCUUGAGGACGAAACUCGGUGAUCAGUGCAUGGUUUGGUAGAUGAUGCUGUUAUUUAGCAUUACAUUGGAGCCGAGUUGGUUGCGUUGUGGUGAAGAAAGCAAUGAGGCAUGCCAGUGUUGAUGCUUUUAAUUGAUUGAGAUGAUGGGUCUGGAUAUUGUCUGCGUAGCAGCUUUCUUUAAUUUAUAUUUGUUGUAGAUGCCCCAUGAUUUUCGGUCACUAAUAAGAGGGCAUCAAUCGAGUAUUUUUUUUCAUGUUUGUCUUAUGAAUAAAUUGUGGCUCUCCCAUUAUUUAUUACAGUGUGUGAUUCUAUUUGUUUUAUACUAUUGGUAUUCGAAUGUCAAA